AUGCUGAGCUCGGGUCUUCCUCCUCUCCUCCUGCUGCUUGCGGCGCUGGAGCCGGGCUGGUCCCUGAGCGACGAGGACAAGAAGAUCAUCCUGGAUGGGCAUAACAAAUACCGCUCCCAGGUGUCUCCUCCUGCCGUGGAUAUGCUGAGGAUGAGCUGGGACGCGGAGCUGGAGGCCUUUGCUCAAGCCUACGCAGAGAAAUGCAUCUGGGACCACAACAAGGAGAGGGGACGGCGAGGGGAAAACCUCUUCGCUAUGGCCCCAACCCUGGACCUGGAAUUUGCUGUGGAGGACUGGAACGGGGAGGAGAAAUACUACAACCUGACCACUUCCACCUGCGUCCCCGGGCAGAUGUGCGGCCACUACACCCAGGUGGUCUGGGCAAGCACCCAUCAGAUCGGCUGCGGGGCAAAGUUUUGUGAGAAGAUCGAGGGGAUCGACACGGAGGGGAUGUACCUGCUCGUUUGCAACUACUAUCCCCCGGGCAAUAUGAAAGGCCGAAAGCCGUACAGGGAGGGACCCUCGUGUUCGCAGUGUCCCGAGGGCACAGUCUGCAUCAACUCCUUGUGUGAACCCACUGUAGAAGAGAGCACUCCAGCCUCUGUGACAGCACAGGCAAGGCCAUCCACAGCCAAAC